CAUCAUCAUCAUCAUCAUUAUUGAAAACAAAAACGAAUCGUCGAUCAAAUACAUCGGGUAAAUUUAAUUACCGAAAUGAUCAAGGUCAUCAUCAUCAUUCUAAUUUAAUAAUUACAACAAAUACCACAACAACAACAAUGUCCAAUCAUGAGGAUAAUGAUAAUCGAAUGUAUUCCACCAAUGAUGACAAUGGCUGCUGAACAAGUUACACAAAAACUUCAUCGUAAUCGUACUGCAUUUACUGAAUAUCAAUUGAAUGCAUUGGAAGAAUUUGAACGUACACAUUAUCCGGAUAUAUUUGCUAGAGAAAAAUUGGCCACAAAAAUCAAUCUGCCUGAAUCACGUAUACAGGUAUGGUUUUCAAAUCGUCGUGCUAAAUGGAGACGUGAAGAAAAAAUUCGUAAUGUUAAAUAUGAUUCAGUAUCGAAAGAUUUUAUCGGAAAUACAGUCGAUGAUGAUAAACAACAAAAACAAAAUGAUCGAACAAAAUCUCGAUCGAAUUCAUCCAUAGAUUUUUCCUAUUCAAAUUUUGAUUCCAAAUCACCAUCACCGUCUACAAUCAAACCGAUGAUCAUCACCACAUCAUCAUCAUCAUCAUCACACGAUUCAUCGAUAUAUUCGAAAAAUCAAACAUUUAAUAUUUCGAGAAAAUCUGAAACAACAACGCCAACAACCACAACCAGUAGUUGUUGUCAACCAGUCGAACAAAAUUCGAAUAAUUUCCUUGGAACGAUAUUUCAUAAAUUUGGUAAUUUUCAUGAACAAUUUUCCUCAUCUUCCGGUGGAAUGUUUGUUUCACAACCACCAUCCCUGCCGCUACCACCACCCUCAACUACAUCAUCAUCCACAUGUUCGAGUUCACCGCCACCACCACCACCGCCAAAUUCAUUAUAUUCGAAUGUUUAUCAUUAUCAUCAUUCUUCGAAUCAAUCGUCAUCACCAACAACAACAACAAUUUAUAGCAACAGUGGUUGGAAUUAUUCACAAUAUGGAAAUGAUUUAAAUCAUAGUUCUAUACCUGGAAACAUUGUUUCUCCGCUUCCGAUCAAUUCAAUUUCAUCACCACCACCAUCAUCUAUGACCAUUUCGAACAAUGCUGAUGCUUCUGCUGCUGCUGUUGAUUGUAAUUAUUUUAAUCACCAUUCUCAUCAAUCAAAUUAUGCAAAUUUCCAACCAAAUUCAUCAUCUACAACAACAACAGCGACGACGACGACGACGGCAAACACGGGACAUCCACAUUAUCAUCAUCAUCAUCAUCCGUAUUUGUAUUACUAAAUGUAUUUUUCUAUCCCGAUAAAUUAUUUUUUUUCAAUUUUUUUAAAAUUUAUUUUAUCAUAAAAAACCGUCAA